UCUAAACAAUAACCUGGUUCAAGACUGUACGCUCCCAAAUGCCGUGACGCUCAAGUGUCAAGUGGACAGACGACUGCACACCCGGAGGGAUACACGUUGAUAACUCUUAAUACGCUCGCGGGUAAUUAAAAAACAAAAAACAAGCUGCGUUGAACGCACCAGCUGUAACAAGACAUGCCAACUAACAAUGGAGGUCAGACGAUACGCUAACAAACUAACAAUGAAGGAGAAUGAAACUCAUCACCUGUUUACUUCUUGACAUGACUUUAUCCGAAAUGAGAUUGCGGGCAGCGAGGAAACGGGCUGCUGCAGCACAGUGGAGACUGCGGAGUGCACCUGCUUCAUUUACAGGUGCAGAGAAGAACUUUGACGCUGUCCUUGCAUGAGUACUUCUUUCGGAUCUAACUGCAAAUCAGGUCCUGGUAGUAACUGCUCGAGGACACGAAGAAAUAGAAUUUAAGGGCCCCCCCCGGCUGACCUCUGGACUGACCUUGUCCUCCUCUCUUCUUCCCCAGCUCUUCCUCAAGCUGCAGAGCUUUGUUGCUCUGGACUAAUGAAGUCCAGCAUGAGGCCAUGGCGAAGACUUUUGUUGCUGGGAAUGGUGGCCUGGGUUGUUUUCUUGCUCGCUCUCUUCUCCUACUUUCUGGACGCCCGGGUCAACGAGGCACUGAUCUCCGCCAGCACGCUGAUCUCCCAGCACCCUGACACCCGCCGUUUGACAUCCAUCCAGCAGAACACCGUCAUGGGUCCCAGGCCUGAAGUAGCCUCCAGCUUGACCCCAAUAUAUGCUGGAGACAGACCAGGACUGGAGGCUGUCAACAGCUCUGUGACCCCAGGGCCCAGUGUGGAGUUAAGGAGGAGCCUUAACCGUGCACCUUAUGUCAACUAUGGCAGCCAGGAGACCAGUCGCCAAGACUACCUGGACCCCCAAACUCUGGCUGCGUGGUCUUCUUUCGGGACUGAAAAUGUGGGCUCUCAUUCCAGUCGUGACAAAACUUCCCGGACUACACAGUAUCAAAACCAAGUGAGGAGAGUUCAGGAUCACGGUGGAGAGGAGGAGGAUGAGGAGGGGGAAGACGCAGAUGAUGAAAGAGGAAACCGAAUGAUGGCUCCCAGGAGGUCCACCGACACUUCCUCCGAUCCGGAGGAGUACUACUUGUCCAAGUCGGCGUCAGUGGUGAAGCAGCGCCUGUGGCAGGGGCACCUGUCCGCCGACAUCCUCAGCCCUCGACUGCAGCGGGCCAGGAACGAGUACAUGAAGGCCAACAAGCACCACGUGGUCUUCAAGGGGCCCCGCAAGGCCUCGCAGACCACCAAGGAACUACUCUGUCAAAUGAAGACCGAGGCCCCACUCACCACGGUGGACGGGUCCGAGCAGCCCUUCUCUUCGUACGGGUGGGCUCGCCUCGUGCCCUCCUUACCCCUGGAGCAGCUGUACAGGAUUCAGGGGGGGAACAGCUUCCGGACCUGUGCUGUGGUCUCCUCGGCCGGCGCCAUUCUGCGGUCGGGACUGGGAAAAGAGAUCGAUGCUCAUGAUGCCGUGUUGCGGUUCAACGCGGCGCCCACCGAAGGCUACGAGAAAGACGUGGGGAACAAAACCACUAUCAGGAUCAUAAACUCACAGAUUCUGGCUGAUCCGAGGUUUCGUUUCCGCACAAGUUCUCUUUACAAGAAUGUCACCCUGGUGGCCUGGGACCCUGCACCUUAUAAUCUCAACCUACACAAGUGGUACGCCAGUCCCGACUACGACCUGUUCGGCCCGUAUGAGAAGCAUCGCAAGCACUACCCCGGCCAGCCCUUCUACAUCCUGCAUCCAAGCUACGUUUGGCGUCUCUGGGACGUGGUUCAGGGCAACACUCAGGAGAACAUUCAGCCCAACCCUCCCUCGUCUGGCUUCAUAGGCAUCCUCCUGAUGAUGGCGCUGUGCGAGCAGGUCCACGUGUACGAGUACAUCCCCUCCAUGAGGCAGACGGACCUGUGCCAUUACCACGAGCUCUACUACGACGUGGCGUGCACGCUGGGGGCCUACCACCCGCUCCUGUACGAGAAGAGCCUGGUGCGGCGCAUCAACACCGGCACCGAGGGGGACCUCCGCAGGAAGGGGCGGGUCACCCUGCCGGGGUUCCGCACCGUGGACUGUGACAUCUGAAGUCGCACCAGAGCCGACUAUCUUGAGCCCACUUUACGUAACUAUGGCCUGUUCUUAGGGCGGGGGGGUGGCACUGAGGGCGCGGUGCAAUAAAGCCUGUGGAGGCGGAUGAGACUGACAACAAAAAACCUGAGCCCCUUCAAGGUGGGAGAGGAUCAACAUGCGGGCUUGUUUUCAUUAAGAUGGCUUUGACAAAGACAUCUCUCUCUGCUGUAGCUGAGCCAUGUUAGCUGUUGAGCUGACAGAUUUUUUUACGGAAUUUUCCACAGUGUAAAUUCUGUUCUUUUUCCACUCUCUUAUGGCAGCGGUCUUACCGUUUUUCUACUCGGACGAUGCCGACAGGGUCUUAAACUGUUCCGCGCCUCCCAUUGCGUUGCACCAGCUCUUUAUUAUUCGCGUGGCGUGCGUGGAAAGUGAGAGCCGUUUUCCCCCCUGCUGAUACUUCUUAACUUAACGCUACAUUGGCCUAAUUAGGGCGCUUGUCACGCCGUGUUUGGACUGUGCAAGUUCUCAUGCUGUCAAACCAGGGACCAAAGUCGACAUCUGGAGCCCACAGGUGGGGUGGAGUUGCUUAGUAUAGGCUAGUGUUGGCAAGUUCUCGAUCUCCCGGCCUUAUCGUGAAAAACUCAUUGCUAUUGUUUGUGUUAUUCAACUACUGCAGUAUGUGUCUUUAAAUAAAACGGUUCUGUCCACUUAGCUAUCAACAAAAAGCAACAUCUUGGGGUAGAAUUUGUGUACAUUUACGUGAGAUAUUAUGUUCAGCUGGUAACAUAGGCUACGUUCACGCUGGCCCGUCAGGAUUUUUUGUUGAAUCCGAUCUAUUUAUGUAGUUGUUCUGAUAGGUAAAACUGUUUUGUCGACUUACCUAUCAACAAAAAGCAACAUUUUGGGGUAGAAUUUGUGUACAUUUUCAUGAGAUAUUACGUUCAGCUGGUAACUAAGUACGUUCACGCUGCCCCGUCAGGAUUUGUUGUUAAAUCCGAUCUUUUUAUGUAGUUAUUCUGCUAAAUAAAACGGUUCUGUCCUCUUACCUAUCUACAAAAAGCAACAUCUUGGGGUAGAAUGUGUGUACAUUUAUGUGACAUAUUACAUUCAGCUGGUAACUAAGGCUACGUUCAUGCUGCCCCGUUUGGAUUUUUUGUUAAAUCCGAUCUUUUUAUGUACCGUAUUUUUCGGACUAUAAGUCGCAGUUUUUUUUCAUAGUUUGGCGAAUAACAUGUUUUUUUCCUUCUUUAUUAUGCAUUUUCGGCAGGUGCGACUUAUACUCCGGUGCGGCUUAUACUCCGAAAAAUGCGGUAGUUAUACUGCGAAAUAAAACAGUUCUGUCCACUUACCUAUAAACAAAAAGCAACAUCUUGGGGUAGAAUUUGUGUACAUUUACGUGAGAUAUGUUUAGCUGGUAACUAAGGCGUUCACGCUGCCCCGUCAGGAUUUUUUGUUAAAUCCGAUCUUUUUAUGUAGUUCUGCAAAAUGAAACUGUUCUGUUCUUUCCACUUACCUAUCAACAAAAAUUAAAGUCUUGAGGUAGAAUUUGUGUACAUUUACGUGAGAUCACGGUUAGCCGGUAACUAAGGCUCCGUUCACACUGACCAAUUUGGAUUUGUUGUUAAAUCCGAUCUUUUUAUAUCGUUCUGCUAAAUUAAACUGUUUUGUCUACUUACCUAUCAACAAAAAGCAACGUCUUGAAGGACAAUUUUUGUACAUUCACGUGAGAUAUUAUGGUUAGCCGGUAACUAAGGCUCCGUUCACACUGACCGAUUUGGAUUUUUUGUUAAAUCCGAUCUUUUUAUAUCGUUCUGCUGAAUUCAACUGUUUUGUCUACUUACCUAUCAAAAAAAAGCAACGUCUUGAAGGACAAUUUUUGUACAUUCACGUGAGAUAUUAUGGUUAGCCGGUAACUAAGGCUCCGUUCACACUGACCGAUUUGGAUUUUUUGUUAAAUCCGAUCUUUUUAUAUCGUUCUGCUGAAUUCAACUGUUUUGUCUACUUACCUAUCAAAAAAAAGCAACGUCUUGAAGGACAAUUUUUGUACAUUUACGUGAGAUAUGGUUAGCCGGUAACUAAGGCUCCGUUCACACUGACCGAUUUGGAUUUUUUGUUAAAUCCGAUCUUUUUAUAUCGUUCUGCUAAUUAAACUGUUUUGUCUACUUACCUAUCAACAAAAAGCAACGUCUUGAAGGACAAUUUUUGUACAUUUACAUGAGAUAUUAUGGUUAGCCGGUAACUAAGGUUCCGUUCACACUGACCAAUUUGGAUUUUUUGUUAAAUCCGAUCUUUUUAUAUUGUUCUGCUAAAUAAAACUGUUUUGUCCGCUUACAUAUCAACAAAAAGCAAUGUCUUAGGGUAGGGUUUGUGUACAUUUACGUGAGAUAUUACGUUCAGCUGGUAACUAAGGCUCUGUUCACACUGAACCGAUUUGGAUUUUUUGUUGAAUCCGAUCUUUUUAUGUAGUUCUGCAAAAUAAAACUGUUCUGUCCACUUACCUAUCAACAAAAAGCAAAGUCUUGAGGUAGAAUUUGUGUAAAUUUACGUGAGAUAUUACGUUCAGCUGGUAUAAGGUACGUUCAAACCGCCCCGUUUGGAUUUUUUUGUUAAAUCCGAUCUUUUUAUGUAGAUAACAAAAACCAUGCGACCUUAAUGCGUAUGUGAACUGAAACCAAAGCAUAACGUCACACAUGGAGCCCUGUGUUUACGCAAGUUUACGGAAUUCUUGCUAUGGUAGUUUGUGGGACACUUAAUGCUACGUCUGUAUCUCGGAGCAUGUGGGUGAGGAGACAGCGCAGCAGGACAUUUUAUAUUUUAUAUUCCGACGCAGAAGGGAAUAAGCGGUAGAAAAUGGAUGGAUAUUCCACUUGGGACAUACAAAUGUAUCUUUGAGUUACAAAAGAAUAUUAUGGUCACACUGAAAAAAUAAAAAUAGUCGUUGGCUGAUAAAAGAAUGUUUUUCGAAAAGGAAAAAGUAAUAUAUAAUUGAUUAGUAGCUUCUAUAACAUAUUUUUUCAGGCCUGUUUGUUUUCGCCAAGAAUUGUGACGUUUGUUUGGAUGAACACGACCUAAAGGUUCGGACUGCAGUCUCAGAUACAUACAUACGAAAGAGGACUUGGAUCGGAAUUGUACUGUUUACAUUGACAUGGAAAAAUCGGAUUUGACCGGCAGUGUGAACAUAGCUUAAGUUAUAUCUGAACGGAAUUGCAACGAGUAGGAACCUUUCCUUGUCUGUUGUCAGUUCUGCAAACGGACACAAUAAGCGUUUUUUGCUAUUUGUCGUAAGGUCGUGAUCGAUGUUUGUUUCUUGGCCGAUCAAAUUUUGCGAAUACGCUAGUGAAAUUCUGCGAUCUUGUGAAAUUACUGCUGCAUUAUUCAUACGAACAUUGUGGCCGAUUAUUGUCGGAUAUCUGGUGUGAAAUGUGGCUAACGUAAGAUCUGGUUGUAGGUAUUCUGCGCUGAAGUCGGAUAUAGAUGGUAAAUAAUCAUGGGUGUUAUGGGCAAUGUACUGUAGCUAAGUAGGGUUAAGUUUGGUGGGUGGUAGGUAGGAAGGUAGGCAGAUCGUUAGGUAAGUAGGGUAAGUAAUGAACUUUGGACCCAUUUCGUACAAACUGUGGCUGGACUGCAGCACCCAUCUCUCCCACCACUCGUAACGGAAUGUAACUUUUUACCGACUGCGUGUUUUAGCGCCGAAGUACGUUGCAGUCGCAGUUGGCGGCCAGGGUUUUACUUCUUUGUUACGGAGCGGCUGCUUUAUUUAUCCUCCCAAUAUUGUCCUCGAGCCGCCAUCAUCUCGCAGGAAUGUGGUGCAGUAAUACCCUCAGAUUUGCUCCGUCUCUUCCCUUGAGGAGAUUGGAUUGAUUUCUUUUUUCACGCCGCUCUCCCAACGGGGGAGUUUUUAACAGCGCUAUUGUAAUGAAAUGUUCCUGAGCCAGUUGUGGUGGUUUGAUUUUGAGUAAUACAUGAAGGAAGUGUUAGGAAAUAGUAGUAGUACAAGUAUCAACAACAGUAUAUUACCUGUGAUAUGUCCUCAAAAAGCGGUCCAAAAGGUUGGGGGGGUGAUUGCUUUGCUGCACAAAAUACACUAUAUUUCCAAAAGCAUUAGGCCACACAUCCAAAUGAUGAGAAUCAGGUGUCCUAAUCACUUGGCCCGGCCGCAGGUGUACAAAAUCAAGCACUUAGGCAUUUGUGAGAGAAUGAGCCGCUCUCAGGAGCUCAGUGAUUUCCAGCGUGGAACUGUCAUCGGAUGCCACCUGUGCAACAAAUCCAGUCGUGAAAUUUCCUCGCUUCUAAAUAUUCUGGGUUAGGAGGUUGCCAGGAGAACGCUACAUUUCGGACUGCAUUGUGCCGAGUGUGAAAUUUGGUGGAGGAGGAAUUAUGGUGUGGGGUUGUUUUUCAGGAGUUGGGCUUGGCCCCUUAGUUCCAGUGAAAUGAACUUUGAAUGCUCCAGGGUACCAAAACAUUUUGGACAACUAUAUGCUCCCAACCUCUUCCAACAUGACUGUGCACCAGUGCACAAAGCAAGGUCCAUAAAAACAUGGAUGACAAGAGUCUGGUGUGGAUGAACUUGACUGGCCUGCACAGAGUCCUGACCUGAACCCAAUAGAACGCCUUUGGGAUGAAUUAGCUCGACCAACAUCAGUGUGUGACCUCACCAAUGCACUUUUGGAAGAAUGGUGGGAAAUUCCUAUAAACACACUCCGCAACCUUGUGGACAGCCUUCCCAGAAGAGUUGAAGCUGUAAUAGCUGCAAAAGGUGGACCGACAUCAUAUUGAACCCUAUGGGUUAGGAAUGGGAUGGCACUUCAAGUUCAUAUGUGAGUCAAGGCAGGUGGCCGAAUACUUUUGGCAAUAUAGUGUACUUCACUGUAUUUCAAUUCAACAUUAUUUAUUUAUUUCAAUUCCAAAAAUAGCCACUAUAUGAAAAAAACGUUUGUGCUCGUGAAAAUAUUGACCUCACAGCUGGUUUUUGGACUGUUUUUCUUUUCAGAAAGUACUGAUACAAUUCUGUGCUCUGGUUGUUUGUAUUGCAAUAAUAUAUUGACAAGCUCAAAGGGAGGGAACGUGUCUUUGAGCAGCUCUACGGAUACUUGGAACAAUCAUAACACAAACAAAAUGAUGAACCUAAAGGUGGAUUUAGGUUGUUUUGGCUUAGAUGGGUAUAAUUCAUUGACCCAAUUGACUUACUUAAUUGAGGCUGUUGAUCAAGCCUCAAAUAGCGUGCUGUCUAAAGAAGUUUGGCUACAUCCACCUGGACACAAUUAUUGUUAAUUAAUUCAUAUUAAUUAGUAACAAUUGGUUGAUUGAUUAAGCUAUAAAAUGCCCAUCCAAGUUUUUCGCCUGAUUCCACUCGGGACAUAAAGAAAAGGAAUAUUAUGGUCACACUGAUUUUUUUUUUUUUUUUUUACAGUCGUUGGCUGAUAAAAGAAUAUUUUUAUGAUUCUAAUGUGAAAAAAGUAAUAUAUAAUUGAUUAUUGGCAUUUUUCCUUGAAGAAAAACGCAACGUUUUUUGUAUAGACUGUUUUCCUACGCUUUGAACUCUGUGGCUUAUAAAACAGUGCAGCCAAUUUAUGGAUUUUUCUUAGCUAACGGCCAUAAUGUUUCGUAUUCAACAAAUAGUUUUCAUAUUACGCUGAGAAAGACUGAAAAGGUGUGUUAUUGUUUGUGCUAUGGCGCCAUCUUUUGGACGAGUGUGCUUGUUCUAUUUUUAAACAAAGAAAACGAUCUGAAGUUGUCUUUAUUAUUAAGUUACCAGUCUGCCCACUUGGGAGUAGAAUUUCCUCAAUGUGGCCCCUGAUCUAAAAUGAGUUUGACACCCCUGGUUUUACCCAUUGGAGAGCUCGGUUCCGCAUCUAGUCUAUGACGAUGACUUCUGUUUUGUUUGAUCAGCCGUUUUACUGCCAUGCGACAGGCAUCGUUUGGAAACAAUUAAGGUCUGUGAAUAUACAUUUACAAACUAUUUUGUACCAGUACCGGUAUAUAUAUGCAUUUAUAGUCUGGUGCGACUAAUUUAUGUAAAAUAUUUCUUCUAAAAUGUAGUGGGUGCGGCUCAAAUAAUAGUUUUGUCAUUUUAGUCCAGGAAAAAUGACCUAUUUCUCGGGAGGAAAAAUACCUCCCAAAAAUAUUUAUUCUUGAAAAAUAUGACUAUUCUUGAAGAAAAUAUGACUAUUGAAUUUUUUUUUUUUUUUUUUUUUUUUU